UGCCUCUGAAUUUCGGCUGUGCUGUGUGUGUAGCACGUUUCUCUCUCUCCACUCCUUUCUCCUUCCCUCUAGCCUCCAGGAUUUCUCUCUUCCUAUUUCUGGAGGACUCUCACAGGCUCCCUCAGCCUGUGUGAAGCUGAGGUUUCCCCCUGAAACCCGUAUAUCCCCAGUACAUACCUCCACGCAUACACAUCCCCAAGAACCCCGCGCUCACACCGACACACACGCGCGCACACACACUGGCGCUAGCCUGUCCACCUCCUUCUCGGGAGAGCCCGCGCGCGUUCCCACCUUCGCUGCACACUUCGGCGAGCCGAGCUCGCAGCGCUCUAGGAUUCUGCGGCUCGGAACUCGGAUCGCAGCGCUGAAACCCCAUGGUGGUUUUUGAAACAUUUAUUUUCCUUCUCUGUCUCGUUUUUAUUGCACCGUUUUCGAUCUGGGGGGCUAGAAGAGCAAGGCGGCUGCUUUCCCAGCCAGCCCUAGUUGGCUUGCCAUCCUCCAUCUGGCUUAUAAAAGUUUGCUGAGCGCAGUCCAGAGGGCUGCACUGCUCGUCCCCUCGGCUGGCGGAAGGGGGUGACGCUGGGCAGCGGCGAGGAGCGCGCCGCUGGCUCUGGCGGGCUUUCGGCUGGAGGGGCAAGGUGAAGAGCGCACGGGCCGUGGGGUUUACCGAGCUGGAUUUGCAUGUUGCACCAUGCCUUCUUGGAUCGGGGCUGUGAUUCUUCCCCUCUCCGGGCUGCUGCUGUCACUCCCAGCCGGGGCGGAUGUGAAAGCUCGGAGCUGCGGCGAGGUCCGCCAGGCGUACAGUGCCAAGGGAUUCAGCCUGGUGGACAUCCCCUAUCAGGAGAUCGCAGGGGAACACUUAAGAAUCUGUCCUCAAGAAUAUACGUGCUGCACCACGGAAAUGGAAGACAAGUUAAGCCAGCAAAGCAAACUUGAGUUUGAAAACCUUGUGGAAGAGACGAGUCAUUUCGUGCGUACUACGUUUGUGUCCAGGCACAAGAAAUUUGACGAAUUUUUCCGAGAGCUCCUGGAGAAUGCAGAAAAGUCACUCAAUGAUAUGUUUGUACGGACCUAUGGGAUGCUGUACAUGCAGAAUUCAGAGGUGUUCCAGGAUCUCUUCACAGAGCUGAAAAGAUACUAUACUGGGGGCAACGUGAAUUUGGAGGAAAUGCUCAAUGACUUCUGGGCUCGGCUCCUGGAGCGGAUGUUUCAGCUGAUAAACCCGCAGUAUCACUUUAGCGAGGACUACCUGGAAUGUGUGAGUAAAUACACAGACCAACUGAAGCCAUUUGGAGAUGUACCCCGGAAACUGAAAAUUCAGGUCACCCGCGCCUUCAUUGCCGCCAGGACAUUUGUCCAAGGGCUGACCGUAGGCAGAGAAGUUGCAAACCGAGUUUCCAAGGUCAGCCCAACCCCAGGGUGCAUCCGUGCUCUCAUGAAGAUGCUGUACUGCCCAUACUGUCGAGGACUACCCUCCGUGAGACCUUGCAAUAACUACUGCCUCAACGUUAUGAAGGGCUGUCUGGCAAAUCAGGCUGAUCUCGACACAGAGUGGAAUUUGUUUAUAGAUGCAAUGCUGUUGGUGGCAGAACGACUGGAAGGACCAUUCAACAUUGAGUCAGUCAUGGACCCUAUAGACGUCAAGAUAUCUGAAGCCAUUAUGAACAUGCAAGAAAACAGUAUGCAGGUGUCUGCAAAGAGGAUUGUGUGGAGGACAAUGCAACAUAGUGUCACAGACAUAAAAGAGAAACUGAAGCUCUCUAAAAAGGUCUGGUCAGCGUUGCCCUACACCAUCUGUAAGGAUGAGAGCGUGACAGCGGGCACAUCCAAUGAAGAGGAAUGCUGGAACGGACACAGCAAAGCCAGAUACUUGCCUGAAAUUAUGAAUGAUGGGCUGACCAACCAGAUCAACAACCCGGAGGUGGAUGUGGACAUCACUCGGCCCGACACUUUCAUCAGGCAGCAGAUCAUGGCUCUCCGUGUAAUGACCAACAAACUAAAAAAUGCAUACAAUGGCAAUGACGUCAACUUUCAGGACACAAGUGAUGAAUCUAGUGGCUCGGGGAGUGGCAGUGGGUGCAUGGAUGACGUGUGUCCCACAGAGUUUGAGUUUGUCACCACAGAGGCCCCUGCCGUUGACCCCGACCGGAGAGAAGUAGACUCUUCUGCAGCCCAGCUCGGCCACUCCCUGCUCUCAGCAUCUCUCGUCUCCAUUGUCCUGGUACUGCAGAGACUGUGCAGAUAAUCUUGGGUUUGGGGUCAGAUAAAACUGCAUUUUAGCUAUCUGAACAGCCAACUCACUUCUUUUCUUACACUCUUGGACAAUGGACCAUGCCACAAAAACUUACCGUUUUCUAUGAGAAGAGAGCAGUGCUGCACUCUGCCUCCCUUUUUGUUUUCCCAAAGAGUACCGGGUGCCAGACUGGACUGUUUCCCCUUGCCUUCACUAUCUGUGAAGACCUUGUUUAUUCUAGAGAAUUCUUACUCAAAUCUUUCGUACCAGGAGACUUUCUUACCUUCAUUUGCUUUUAUGCUGCAGAAGUAAAGGAAUCUCACGUUGUGAGUUUUGUUUUUUUUUAAUCCCAUUGAAACAACAAAAACGUAGGAAGAAAAUAAUUUUCUUUGUAAAAUCAGGCCAAGCCCCAAGACAACUGUAUUUUCAACGAAAAAGUAAACAAGAGAGAAAAAUAAAAGAGCUUGAACACUUUAAGUUCAGCAUUGUCAGGCAGCUCCCAGUGUAAGCUUUACUAUGACUAAUUGGGUUUACAAAAUGCUAUGGGGAGAAAGUUUGAAAGUUUUUUAAUGUGGUGAAAAUACGCUGUUGUCUUGGAGCAAUCAUCGUGCACUCUAACCACACAAUGCCAAACUGAUUCAGAGGUACUGAUUCUAACUUCAGACUUCUAUCUUUAACAUGAGAGCAAAAAAUUGCUAUCAGUCAGCACCUCUCUCUUACCCUGCCAAAUUUCAAUUGCAGUAAUGGCACCGUUCUGCUUAAGUCUCUUACUGUCUGUCCACUGUAUCCAAUUGGCGCAGAUGUCCCCUCCAUCUUCAGUUACUAGUGGACCCCCCACCAAUUCAUCCUCCCCAUGGGUCUGAAUUUCAAAUAAUUUUGAACAAUACAAUCACUUUGCUUUAGCCACAGGUUGGACAUUGAUUCGAUGUUUCUGCCUCUGUGCUCAUUACCCUCCCAAAAGAAGAGUUAUUUUAAUGAACCAUUAAGCAAUUCGAUUCAUAAGUGAGUUUACAUUUUUAACUAUUUGCUUUGUGUCGAUUGGUUUCUGCAUCACAAGGGCAUUCUCUUACAAAAUAACUCACAACAAAAGUCAAAACAAAAAAAUAUAUAUAUAGUAUUGACAUGGAGAUUUCUUUCACUUUUUUAGUCUUAGUAUGAUCAUCUAUUUUUAUAUCUAUAUAUAUAUAUAAAUCACAGAUUUUAACUUCUUAAUUCCAAGCUCAGGGUUGACACACCUUUGUAACGAAAAUGUUUUGUCAACCAGCUCUUCUUGUUUUGUGCUGCUCAGAGAAGGGACUCCUCAGUGAUCUGUGAGCACCAAGAAUCAAGAAAGAGAACUUUUUACGUAUCUAACUGUCCAUUUAUUAAAAGUUUGCCAGGGCACACCCUUUUUGCAUGAGCGUGCUUUGUCCUGGGUGCUCCAGACUGUACCAACCUCAUGGGGAAAGCCAUGGGUGUGCAGGACUUCACUGGUGAUGGAAACUGAAUGCGUAAAAAAAUGUGUUAUUCACACAAAACCAUUGCUUUCAUGUACAACACCUUCAGCCUAGGAUUCCUGCUUGGCACUUGGAGAAAUGUCCUAACACAAGAGGCCAAUUUAGAGCCACAGACUAAAUGAUCUGCCAAGUGUGCCAAAGACAGGCCCUGUGCUCCCCCUGACAGAGAGAAGCAAAAUAAAUAAAACUGGGGCUUUAUGAAUACAGUUGGCUAUCCAUAUGUUUCUUGGUUUUUGUGAUGCAUCUGGGGUUGGGAAAAGCAAUGUUUUAAGACACCAUAGUAUACCAGUCACAUUUUAAUUAACCCAUUGACAGUAAUGACACGUAAAUGGUAUUUUUCAUUGUGCAUUCUCAUCAAAAUUAUAAUUAGUUAUUGAUUUAGUCAUCACAUUUAAGUAGAACAUAUGCGGCACAAUAGUAUUAAGUAUAAUUGAGCACUUUUGCGAAACUGAAAGUAUGUAGAAACAUCUAUUGCUAUUUUUUGCCUAAUGAAAUAUGAAAUGUAGGAUUCUGAGAGGCUUUGUGGCAUCUUUUCAUUUAACUCUUUAUGAAAUUAACACUGAACCUAAGUCAGCAUUACAUACUUCUAGAAAAUCAUCCAUUUCACUGCCAAACUCCAGCUUCCUGUCACCAGUUACACAUAAAACAUCUCUAUGAAGGACCAAUCAUUUAUGUUGCUCAUUUCAUUGUAUGUUCAGAAAUCAGUAUUGUCUUUCUCCAAUAAUUAAGGUGCAAUACAAAUUAAAUCAACCUUGAUUUUCCAGAAUAUUUGAGUAAUAACUUGUUUUUAUGGUUUUAAAUUCCACGUCUUUCAUUUUAAAAAUGUUUCUGCCUUGCCUUUUAUGAAACAGAUCAGAAUGCCUUGUUUCCCCUGUGCUUUCAGCCCCAAAUGGUUUUGUGCAUGUAUAUGAAUACACAUUAUAUUAAUGAAUAUGAACCCAUAUCCUGUACACACUAAACACACCGAUAAUAGAUAAACGCCUGCUUCAUUUAUUUCAACACCUUCAUCAUCAAUGGUAUUCAUAUUGAUGAGAUAUAGUGGUCCACAUGAGCCAGGCAGAGAGCUGAAAAGACUAUCAGUUAAUGAUUCCACAAUAUUAGACACCUGCAUGGAUGUGGUCAAAAUAUUAUUCAAAUUGUACUUUCUGGUUUUUAUCAUCAUCUUAAUAUGUCGUAUGAUUUUCAGACUAAUUUAACAUGAGAAUUUUUUUCCCCUCUGGGAAUUAGUUUAGUCUUGUUACGCCAUUUCAGUAAGCAUUUUGGAAUCUCACCUCACCCCACCCUGCCCCUGGCCAAAUUAAUUUCUCUCAUUUCAGCAUUGUGACAGGGGAAGCAAUGAUGCUCUAUUAUUUUUCAUGAUUUGCCCUCAUUUGCUUAAUGUCCCCUAAAUUCUGUAAUGACAUCAUAACCUCUGUUAUGAGUAGAGAGGAAUGGGCUCACUGAAAUCAGACAUUAGAAAUUGUUGGGUGAUGCUCAUAACUGCAAACACUUAGCUUAUUGAAGUGCCUCUAUUUACAUGUUUAGUUAUAAUAUGUAUUUUUCUAACAGAAAUACACGUCUGUAAUUGGUGUAUAUUAUACUUUGUCUGUGUUAUAACAAAAGCUAAACAGAGGCUAAAGUCUUUAGCAGAGAAGAAUGAAUUACAAUUCAUGAAUUAGAGCUCUGCUUGUGGUUCUGUGUUGAAAGACAGCCAUGACUACCUUCUGUCAUUUUAAUGAAGGUCAAGUCGGUACUUUGAUUAUAGCCAUGGUAAAAACAACCUUAGCAAUAGCAACCUGACUCCCUUACAGGGACUUACCCAGAUGAGUAUCUUGUAUUACCUGCUUUACUUGUAAGGGAUAGAAAAUACUACUUUGUCUACACUGAAAAAUGCUAGUAUUCAUUGACAAGCAGUAGUAAUUAUAAAAAUAACAUUCUAUAAUUCAAACACACUGAAAAUAUUAUUGGAUGCAGAACCCAGAUAUUUAAUUUAUACUCCCUGCUGCAGACAUUAGCCUACUUUAAUUCUUUAGCCAUUACAUACAUGUUUUGGCUACACGCUGAACACCAACUAAAGUCCCCAAGGAGGAAUAAAAACUUAGUAAAUUCCUGAGUUGUGAUUCUUUUGUUACUUCUCUUUGCAAGGCUAAUUAUCAGAUGGUUUGAUUAAAGGUGGGAGGGUUAGUAAAUGCAAGUUUUGACUGACCCAAGACUUGCAGAAAUUGAAACUCAUUGUCAUUUAUUUAUAGUCACUAACAAACCUGACUAACUUAAAAAAAAAAAAAGGCAGUUUCGCUUUGCCAGCAAAAGAGUAAAGGAGACCAUAACUUAUAAAUUUGCAAUGUGUUCCUCCUCGGUGGAGACAUUAGCCCGUGUUUAGUUUUAGGCCAACUUAUACAAAUGGAGUAUUGAUUUGUAUGCAUUCCGGAGCCUUGCUAUGUCAUGGUUUGCUUCAGCAAGGGGACUCAGCUCAGCAUGGACCCAACCUCAUUCAAAGCUGAACAGUUACUGGGAUCUGUGACCUGACCUUACAAUGAGGUACUUCCAUGAAAAGAAACCUAAAGAUGGCCUAAUUGUGAGGUCUCUGUGUGCAUAUGCAUAGUAUAUAUGCAGGACAAGUGUGUGCACCAAUCAAACCUAAAAUUUUAUGUGACUGUCAAAUGAAUAUUAUUUGGAUUAAGAUUUUUUAUUUCUGAUUUGGAUAGAAAAUUGCUAUUAAUCUUGUAUUAAAAUAGUUUUUAAAAAUC